AUGUCCGAAAACUCAAAUAAAGCUAAAAUUUUACCUCAAUACAUAGCGUCAAUAUGUAUUUGUUUGGGAGCGUUGGGUAUGGGUACAGUCUUGGGAUGGUCUUCCAAUAUAACACAAGAACUACUAACAGGAGAGCUUAACGGAAUAAAAAUGGGAACACACGAAUUAGGAUGGGUAGGUAGUUGUUGUACCAUUGGAGCUAUGAUAAUGUGUUUUCCAGCUGGAUUUAUAGCAGAUCACAUAGGAAGGAAACCGACGUGUUUACUAACAGCUUUUCCGUUUGUUUUUGGAUGGCUGUUAAUACUUUUUGCGCAGAAUGUUUACAUGCUGUACGCUGGAAGAAUUAUAACUGGAGCUUCCGGAGGCUCAUUUGUAGUGCUUGCCCCAAUAUAUACAACGGAAAUAGCACAGAUCCACCAUAGAGGAGCUUUGGGAUCUUUCAUGCAAUAUCUACUUGUUAUUGGAAUAUUUUACAGCAAUCUUUUCGGUUGGAUACUUAGUAUGUAUGCCUUCAACGUUGUAAAUACGAUUAUACCAAUAAUAUUUGCUGUCCUUUUUUUCUUCCAACCCGAAACGCCGUUUUAUUAUAUCCAAAAAGGUAACAAUGAAAAGGCCGCACAAAGUUUCGCGCGCUUACGCGGUAAAAACUAUGACUACAAAGAAGAAUUAGAUGCAAUGAUCAAAGAAAUAGAAAAUAGAAGACAAUAUCAAGAUUUUAAAGUUGCUAUCAAGGCCAAAUCGGCGAAGAAAUCUACCAUAAUUUGUUUCAGUUUAAUGUUUUUCCAGCAAAUGUCCGGUGUGAAUGCCGUACUUUUUUAUGCAAAGCACAUCUUAAUGCAAUCCGAAACACAUAUUGAUGUACGUUACGGUGUUGUUGGUAUUGGAAUUAUCAGCUUAAUAUCCAUAACGAUUGGCGUCUGGACCACUGAUUAUUUUGGUAGAACAAUUCUUCUUAUGGCUUCCUCAGCGGGAUGUUCUCUAUCAACGUUCCUUCUUGGUUUUUAUUUCACCAUUAAAGACCGUAUUAGUGAAGACGCCAUUAAACCUUACGGAUUAUGGCCCAUCAUAUGCGUCCUCUGUUUUGUGUUCUCUUUUCAAUUGGGUUUAGGAAGUCUACCAUGGUUGGCUUGUUCCGAAAUAUUUUCUCCCGAAUUGAAAGCAAAGUUAGGCGCUCCCGCCGGCUCCUUUAAUUACCUCACAGCUUUUAUUGUAACCAAAUGUUUUUAUCCCGUUUCUGAAAAUUUGGGAGUGGAUAUAGCUUUUUAUAUAUUUGCGUUCGUGUCAUUGAUCGCUUGCCUUUUCACUCUACUUAUUAUACCAGAAACUAAACAUAAAACUUUCGAGGAAACAAUACCGGAACUGGAAAAAUUUUGGAAAUAUUUCUAG